UAGAACAUAUGAUACGCUACAAGCUACAACUUCUAUAUACGGAACAUGUCACAUAUGUAGACUCAUGUAAACUAACAAUUCAGCUACUAGUUUCGAAAAUACCAACAUAAAUAUCGUUUUAUUGAAUUGAAUUGAAAAGAAAGAAGAGAUGAAGCCUGAGCACAUAGCAAUGAACGAAUACGUAAAGGAUCUCCUGACAUGUCCUAGAUGCCAUAUCAUCAUCACGCCCCCGUAUCAGCAAUGCAAAAUGGGGCACUUGCGUUGUUCUAGUGCCGAGUGCGAAACGAGUGACUCGGAAACCGUUUGCUACUGUGGAGAAACAUUUCUGAUGUUCAAAAUUUCAUCGUUGGAAAAAAUAUAUGAUGCGUUGGUUUUCACUUGUAAGUUUUCGCAGAACGGAUGCAUAGAGGUGUCGCUGAAGGCCAAGGAUUUGAAGAAGCAUGAAGAAGGUUGCAAAUUCAGUCCGAAGAACAAUCCAGAAAUGGGCAAAAUAAGUACGAAAUAGAUUAAUGAUUCAAUUUUGGUGAUAUCGAAUUAAAUUUAUUGUAGUAUGUGUUUAUAUUUCAUAAAUUGCUUUUUAUAAGUGAACUAUUUUUUCGUGUUGGGUACUCUCUUUGAUGUCAUUUACUAUAUUAUCUAUAUUUAUCAAUGUUUUGAAGUAUAAAGAGCAUUAAAAAUUGUUA